GGGUAGGGACCAGUGCUUGCCAGCAGCCCAAGUGGAAUGGGGAUGGUGACUGGGGCCCAGUGCCCUCAUGUGGCUUGGGUUUGCAGCCAACUACCCCACAAGCACCACGGUCCCUACAGCCGUGGUCAGGGUCUGACCAUAGGCAGCAACUGCAGGCGGGCUUUCAAGGCAGAGCCUCAAUUGCCUCCUGUCCUGGAGGUGCCAGGUCCCCCAGCAACCUGCCCAGCCCGGGUGCCCUUGCAGGGCACGGGAGAUGCUUCCUGCAAGCUGCAACCCUGUGCCUCAGGUUGGAAACGGGUCCGGCCUAGGCUGGGUCGCAGCCCAGCUGGACCAGUGCCAGGCUGGGAGCACGGUGCCCAUUGGGGCAGCCCCCAUAUCCCAGCACAGGUGGAGCGGAGCAGGCAGGUGCAGCCCCCACAUGGGGUGGGCAGUGCAGCCAUGGCUGGCGGUGCUUCUGGGCCUGUCUGCCCCUUCUCCUCAGCCAGCACGUGGGGAUUGCAAGAGGAGGCUGCAGCUGCCCCGUGCCCUCACCUCGUGACCCGCUGGCUGCUGCAGAGCUUCCCCCGGGAGGAAGGGGUGGGUGGUGCUGGCAGGACCUGGCCCAUGUGUCAGGUGCAGGGCUGCUGUUGGUCGUGGGCGCAAACAGCCCUAAAUGGCCUGAUUUGCAUAGGGCCUAGGCUGGAACAGCUGGUCCACCCCACCUGCCGGGCCCCCAGGGGCAGCACGAGGCUGGCCGCAGCCUCCCAGCCCGGAUGCCUGGGCUGUGUUCUCGGAGCUGCUGGGCCCAGAGGAAGGGCGUGAGAUGCCGGCGGGCUGAGCCCGCAGCCCGCAGGGCAGGCGCAGGCUCCAGCUUGAGCAGGUGCUGCAGAGGCAGGGUGCCUGCACGAGGGUCUCCUUUCCCUGCCUGCCGGUGGCUCCAAGCAGCAUCCUACCAGCUCCAUCCCUGGCCCAAGGGUGCUGAGCCCUGCUCAUCUACCCACCCCCAGAGGUCCUGGAAGAAGGUGCGGGCACAGCUGUUCGCGGCUGGCCCGUCAGGCGUGGCCCGCAUGGAGCAGUUUGCGGUGCGGGACGGUUCGGGGCCCGAGAAGACAUCGCUACGCCGGGGCGAACGCCGGGUGCUCCGGCUGGCCGACUGUGUGUCCGUGGGGCCUGCCGGCAGUGAGGGCUGCCCCCGUGGCACGGCCGCCUUCUGCCUCCGCACCCUGGACAAGAGCCACGUGCUGGCGGCCGAGCAGCCUGACGAGUGGGUGGCGCAGCUCUGCCAACUGGCCUUCCAGGGCACAAAGGAGAUGGCUCCAGGCAGCAACAGGGCCUCGCCCAGCUCUGGCCUCCACAUGGAGGAGAACACGAUCUACUCGUCCUGGCACGCACCGAACGAGUUCCCAGUACUGCUGCUCCGGACCGAGGCCUCCACCCGCUGCGGCCUGAGCGGGCGCUACCUGCUGGCCGUGCUGCCCGAGCGCCUGGUGUUGAAGGAGCUGCAGACGCGGCAGCCGCUGCUUGCCUGGCCCUAUCCCUUCCUGCGCAAGUUCGGCCAGGACCAGGCCAUGCUGUCCUUCGAGGCCGGCCGCCGCUGCGACUCUGGUGAGGGCGUCUUCACCUUCAGCACGGGCCGCGCUGCCGAGAUCUGUGGUCUCAUAUCCGCUGCCAUCGCCCGCCAGAGGAACCAGGAGCCCUGGCAGCACCCCGCCAGCAGCCCCGAGGGGGCACCAUCAGCGUCCUGGGCCCUCGAGGACGGAGGGGCCGCGCCACCCGCCUGGCUCCGGCCCGAGCACCCUCCGCCCCAGCCCUGCUCACGGGAGCCAGGGGCUCCAGACAGGGUGGACCACACCUUCCCCGUCAUCUACGCCUCCAUUGCCCGGGGCCCGCAGCCCCUGCCUGCUGCCGUCCGGCGGGAGCCGGAGCCGGAGGCCUGGGGCCAGCAGCCCUCCGAGCACCUGUACGAGAACCUGUGCGGCCCGGAGACAGACUGCCCGGGGCGGGGCCUGGACCAGGCGGCCGCGAGCUGGCACCGGAGCUGCCGGGAGCCACCCGAGGGCAGCAGCGGCCCCGAGGCGCCCAUCUACGACAACAGCUGCAUGGUGGCCGCGGCCCGGAGCGGCGCCCCCAGCCCCGUGCUCCAGCCCCGCUACCAGCGGCUGCAGGACCCGGAGGGGCCCGACAGCGCGGCCCACGGCGAGGCCACGGCCAGCAACGGCCUCCGCCGGAGGCUGGUCACGCUGCUGAGCAGGGAGGCGGCGCCGCCGGUGCCCGGCCGGACCCCCAGCCCCGCGGACCGCGCCUGAGCCGCCCGGCGGGGAGAAGGGCGGGGGCAGCGGCCGUCCCGAGGGCUCCGGCGGCGGGGACCGAGCGGGGGGCGGCGGCGCUUCCCGGCAGGACGGGCCGGGCCGGGCGCGCCUCUCCCGGACAGCGACACCCCGCGGGCUCGGGGCGGCUCCGUGCGGCGCCGGUUCCGGCUUCGGGCGCCGCGACCAGGAAAUAAAGGCGGCGCCGGAGCGA